UAAAAAUUAUCGAAGUAGUCACAAAUAAAUAUCUAAAAAUAACAAAAAAAUCAAAAUACUAAAAAUUUAUAUUUGUUCUCCAUCCAAAUAUUUAAGUAUUUAGUCUUACAUUAUUCAAAUUUUUAUGUUCUAUAUUAUUUUAUUUUUGGAUUUUGAGGACUUAAGUAUAUUUUCAUUUUAAAAAAAUACAUAAUUAAAAUGGAUACCUGAACUCGAAUCCGAAUUGAACCCGCAGUGAUUUGAACCAAAUUCAAACCAAAUUCAACUGGAAUUUGAAAAUAUCCGAAUCAAAAUUAAAUUUCCAACAUAAAAAAUUCGAAAUAUGAGUAGAUCAACUGAAUCCGAAAAGAUAUCUGAAUGUUCAUCUCUAGAAAGAGUUAUACGACAAAUCCUUAUUAUAACAAAAUAAAUAAUCUAAUCAUCUUUUUAUGGGCGGUUCAAUUCAGAAGGUAUUAUGUAAUCAAAUUAAUAUGGCGCUAAAAUGCUAGUUUAUCACCAAACUAUAUCUACUGUUGGGGUCUUAGGAUCAAAUGGAAGAUAGCAUGCGAGUCUUGACGCAACGCCGAUUGUAGUUGUCCUUCAACAACUCUCUGCGCCAACAUGAACCAAGGAAAAUGAUGAUCUAUAACAACAACUAUCUAGGUUAAACAAGAGCCUAUGACAAUGAUGGCCUACGCCAACGAUUCUCCAAAGAAAGAGAAACUCGACUCAAUAAAUAUGUAUCGAGUGGCCAAAAAAAAAUGAGAGAGAGCAAUAGGUGCAAAUUAACCAUAACUUAGACGAGCAUUAACGCUGAUCCUUAGUAGAGUUUUAAGGUAAAAAAAUGAUUUAAAUAAAAGGAAAAUAAAAUAAAACAGGAGUUAUCGAUCCUUAAUUAGAGAGUUUGGUUACCGAUUAUAACUGGAGUUUUAUACACACGUGUCCCCAUUCUGUGUUAUUUUUUAUUUUUUAAUUUUUCUUUCUUUCGUUCUUUCUUCCCUCCUCUCACUUCUUGUCUUCUCGUGUUCUCCGUCCAAAGAAAGUCGAAACCGACGAUUGAUCCAAACCCACCACCGAUCUUCCACACAGAUCCUCAACACCGAUCCUCCAUACUGAUCCUCCGUCUCGCGUUCGUUUUCAUCUUCUCCUCUUCUCCGUGACGGAGGAGGGAUCGAAACCCAUCACGAAGACGACGAUUCUCCCGCUCUUCAUGGCGUCUCCUCCGUCUUCUCCGUCUUCUCCGUCUUCUCCACCGAUCGAAACCCAUCACCAAGGAUAACGCUUCUUUUGUUCCGUCACAAGAAGGUUCCAAUCCCACCACAGACGACGUCUCUCUCUCUGUCCUGAAGGCGCCUCCUCCGUCGCUUCUCGUGUUCUCCGGCAGAAGAACGAUGCAAACCCACCACGGACGACGACUGUCUCGGUCCUCACGGCGUCUCCUCCGACUCUCGGUCCUCACGGCUUCUCCUCCGACGAGUGUCUCGGUCCUCACUGAGAUCACUACCCAAGUAAUUAACUUUCUCACUUCAUUCAUCUUAAUUAGUGUUAUAAAGAUUAUUUAGCUAGCUUAAGGAUCAAGUCUUGGCUAUGUUUUUUAGCUUAGGCUCUGUAUUUAAGUUUGUCUCAUAUCAGUGGUUAGCAAUAACAUAAGUGAGUGUGUUGAAGUUGGAUCAUGGUCUAAGUUCAUUGUGUUUGCUCAUUUUGACAGGGUUGAGGCGAUGUGAACAGGUUUACACAUCCAGUUCUUGCAUUAACCAAACACAACUUGAGAUUGUCGUUGAGAGAGAAAGAAGUCACGAGCUUUGUAUGUGAGAGGACAAGACAAAAGAAGUCAGGAGACAGAGUUUUGUAUGUUUGUAUGCAAGUUGAAGUCACGAGCUUUGUAUGUUUUGUAUGUCCGUGUCACGCGUUUUGGUUGUUUCUGUCACGAGUUUUGUGCGUUUUGUGUCACGAGUGUAUGGUUAACAAGUGUAUGUGUCACGAGUGUUGGUUGUGUAACUCUUCUCUGCUGCUCUAUAUAAAGCAUUGCAAUGCAUUUCAUUAUUUUCACUCUACUCUCAUCAUCACAUUCCUUCCGUUCUUAUCAUAAUCACGAACUCUCAUCAUCACAUUUCUUCCGUUCUUAUCAUAAUCACAAAAACGUUACACUCUACUCUCAUCAUCACAUUUCAUUGUUUUUUUAUCUUGUCUUACAUUGAUCACCAAAAAAAAUAAAGUUUUUCCUCAUCCUUCAAGUUAUAAAGUCUUCUCUUCGACCACAAAUUUUUCACGUUCACAAAAAAAAGAAAAAAAAAAUCUAUGGCUUCUUCUUCACAUAACACUUCUGAGGGAGUAGAUGAUUUUGAUCAAUAUUUUGAUCAAUAUUGCGAUCAAUAUUGCGAUCAAUAUUUUGAUCAAUAUUUUGAUCAAACGUUCGAGGAUAUGUGCAUAAAUCAUGGUGAUCAAGAAGAUACAAGGAAAAAAAAGAAAAAAACGAGUCUACAUCGAAAGAAAUCGUGAAGAAGGCAAUGUGCGUUUAUGGAAUGAUUAUUUCAGUGAAACUCCAACAUAUCCUCAAAAUCUAUUCCGACGACGAUUUAGAAUGAACAAGCCAUUGUUCACGCGUAUUGUUGAUCGACUCUCCAAUGAAGUUGAAUUCUUUCGACAAAAGAAUGAUGCUCUCAGAAGGUCUAGUCUCUCUCCACUUCAAAAGUGUACAGCAGCCAUUCGUGUCUUAGGAUAUGGUAUUGUGGCUGAUGCUGUUGACGAAUACCUCCGACUCGGUGAAACUACUACUCGGUCAUGUGUCGAACAUUUUGUGGAAGGAAUAAUUUAUUUAUUCGGCGAUGAGUACCUACGAAGACCAACAUCGGCUGAUCUUCAACGUCUACUUCAAGUUGGUGAGUUCCGUGGAUUUCCUGGGAUGAUAGGAAGCAUCGAUUGUAUGCAUUGGGAGUGGAAGAAUUGUCCCACCGCUUGGAAAGGGCAAUAUACACGUGGUUCGGGAAAACCCACAAUUGUUUUAGAGGCGGUUGCUUCGUAUGAUCUAUGGAUAUGGCAUGCGUUUUUCGGACCUCCAGGUACAUUAAAUGAUAUCAAUGUUCUUGAACGCUCACCUGUUUUUGAUGACAUAAUAAAAGGUCAAGCUCCGCAAUUCACUUUCUCUGGUAAUGGAAGCGAGUAUAAUUUGGCUUACUAUCUCACCGACGGUAUUUAUCCGAAAUGGGCAACUUUUAUCCAAUCUAUUCCAAUGUCACAAGGGCCGAAAGCGGUUUUAUUUGCUCAACAUCAAGAAGCUGUCCGAAAAGAUGUCGAGCGUGCUUUUGGAGUCUUGCAAGCUCGUUUUGCCAUUGUUAAAAAUCCCGCGCUUUUUUGGGAUAAAGCCAAAAUUGGGAAGAUCAUGAGAGCAUGUAUCAUACUCCAUAAUAUGAUCGUCGAAGACGAGCGAGAUGGAUAUACCCUAGUUAAUGUUUCAGAGUUCCAAGCAGGAGAAGACACCGGAAGUUUACAUGUCGAUCUCGAUUAUUCUACAUAUAUGCCUACAAAUAUCGCUAAUAUGUUAGGUGUUCGAACCAGAAUUCGUGAUAGACAAAUGCAUCAACAACUCAAAGCUGAUUUGGUUGAACAUUUAUGGAGUAAAUUUGGACAUGACGAAGACAACAACUGAGUUCAGAAUGUUUCUUUCAAAUUAUUCUCGUUUAUUUUAGUAAUCCUGUUUUUUUUAAAAAAAAAAUUAAAAUGUAUGUUUAAAAUGUUCUAUUUUAUUAAGUUUUAUUUAAUAAAAAAAAAUUAUCUUUCAAAAAAAAAAUUAAGAAUCCCUAACUAAGAAACUACCAUUGGAACACAGAUUUCUAAUAGUUUCUUAGCUAAAGUUUUUAAGUAAAAAAAGUACAAUCAAUUAAUUAAAAAAGCAUUAAGAAACUCUCUUGCGGUUGUAGGGUUAAAAUUGCUCUUACAUCCACUACAUCUACAUGUUCAUGAAUCAUAACCAAUCAACGACCCACUCCACUUUUAUUUUUUUUCUUGUUCAGUCCCGUUGCUAUUGUCCUAAGACUCGUAACGCUUCAAGUAAUCGAAAUAUGUGACCAUUUUUUUUAUCAUUUUG